AUGAUUGAGGGUGCGGCGCCGCUACCGACUGAGCCACGCGGGCGAAGAGAAAGCGCACGCCCGAUUGCAUACAUAAAGGCGAGGACGACAGCUGUACGCAGAGUGGCGUUAAGCGUUGUACACCGUCACGGGAAGAGAGAAACAGUGAGAAUCAGUCAGUUCUCCAACAUCAGCUGGAGAGCUGAGGCUCUGGGAUCCGGAGCUGUGGGAUCCGGAGGUCGGGGAUCCGGAGCUCUGGGAUCCGGAGCUCUGGGAUCCGGAGCUGUGGGAUCCGGAGCU